AUGGCAAGUGGAAAUAUGUUUAGCUUGUGGCGAGCUGUGUUUGUAAUGAGUUUUAUGUGCAGCUGGUAUUGCUAUAUGGGUGCGAGUGGAAAAGCAACAUUUUACACUCCUCCUUAUGUCCCAUCGGCGUGCUAUGGAAACGACCCGAAGCAAUUUCCAGCGGGAAAUCUUUUUGCGGUGGCAAGUGACGCAUUCUGGGACAAUGGGGGCGUGUGUGGAAAUCAUUACCAAACUACUUGCAUUGGCCCAGCAAAUAAUGGUGAUGCUUCGCCAUGCAGGGGCAGACCGAUUGUGGUGAAGAUCGUUGAUUACUGCCCCUCCGGAUGCGUAGGCACCAUAGAUUUAUCUCAAGAUGCCUUUGCUGAUAUUGCUGAUCCUGAUGCUGGCAUAGUUCACAUCAACUAUGAACGGGUUUGA